AUGCCGCCCAAAAACCAGCGACGUUCGCAUACAAAGUCGAAGAAUGGGUGCAGUCAGUGCAAGGUCCGGCGGAUCAAGUGCAAUGAGGUGCACCCGGUGUGUAACAACUGCGAACGUCGCCAAAUCUACUGCGACUUUUCGGCCACGCCCGAUAACAGCAAAUCCCCCAGCACCGCGACACCCGACAUCCGAAGGCAAGGGAGUCAAGCGGGAUCGAUCAGUUGUUCGCAGCGAACGCCUACACAGCCAAUAGUCGAUCCGUUUCAACAGCCUGAUCUGGUCAGCACCAAAAAGAGCACUGAUCUUGACGUGACUGACCUUCGGUUGAUGCAUCAUUUCACCAGUGUGGUCGCGCUCGACCUGGCCAAUGCCAACACUCCCGAAGCGCGGGCAUUGUGGCAGGUUCAUGCAGUUAAGCUGGGCCUGAAGCACGAAUUUCUUCUCCGAGGCAUUCUAGCUGUUUCAGCUUUCCACCUUGCCCAUAUUUCUCCUGAUCGGAAGGCCGAGUAUGAGUUGAUCGGGACCACGCAUCAAAGCCUUGGUUUGACCGAGUUCCAAGAAACAUUGGCCCGAGUCGACGAAACUAACUGCCAGGCACUCUUUGCCUUCUCUUGCCUGCUGAUCGUGCUCGCGUUUGCUUCCAGUGCAAAAGACAAGCCCGAAGACUUUACGCAUGAUGUGCUACAUUGGUUCUAUCUAUUGAGGGGUGCAAACAUUGUGCUGAACAUGCACCAUGACACAAUCCGGUCCAGCUUUCUGAAGCCGCUGCUAGAUGAAAUGGCACACAUGGACAAUAUUGCCGCCUACAGAUUUCCGGAUACCGACCAGAUUACUAAAUUAUUCCGGGUUUGCAGUUCCUCUGACCACGACAAGGAGACAGCGCAAGCUAUCGACCUGGCGAUUCACUCGCUUCUCAGCACUUUUAUCCAAGCUUCGUUACUAAAAACCCGGGGCGAUGGCACUGUUCUAGCAACGUUCGUGUGGCCGAUCAACCUACCCCCCAAGUUUCUUGAUCUUCUGGCAGAGAAGCAGCCGGAGGCCAUGGUCAUUCUUGCACACUAUUGUGUUCUCAUAUACUGGGGAGAGACCCACCAUGAGGACAACUGGUUCAUCAAGGGAUGGGCCAAGUACAUGCUCGAGACGGUAAAGGAAUCAAUCCCGGAUACGUGGCAGGAACAGCUUGACUGGCCAACUAUGAUGAUCACAAAAGAACACGGUUCGCCCAGUAUCGACGCAGCGCCAUUGGCAGGGACUCGAACGAUGGGCUAA